AUGGUUUCUGCAGCGACGCCCCGGGGUCGCGUAUCGUUGCGAGCACGAAGGACGAGGAGCUCCAUCCAGCAUAGUGCUCUUGCCGAAGCUGGUGAUGUUGGCGUCGCUCCAGUACAUGUUCGCUCUUUCCAAAACCUUUCGACUUCGCCGUUGCCCGAACUUGAACAUAUGCAAGAACCAGGAUGUUCAAGCACACCUAUCCUGAAAUGUGGCCCUCAGGCACAAUCUACUCCUCUCACGGAGAGAUUUGGUGGUUCGAUUACGAAUAAGUCUCAAUCGAGUACAAGGGACAGCUUUGAUGACCUCAACGAUUGCGUUCUGCCAGUAAUUCCACCUAGUCAUUCACCUACUCGUAGAUCAAAAGAGGAGAAAUCAGAUUCAACUCGUGAAGGCCACAAUGAUUCGUGCGGGUCGAUGGCCACAUUGGCGGAAGGAGCGCCUCUUCAGUGCACUACUGUACGUUUUCCGCCUUCGUGA